AUUGGUAAUUUAUAAACUCCUAUAUAAGCCACCAUUUCAUUUUUCUCCGCUUUCUAAAACCCUACUGGACGGCUGCAGCUGCUGCUCAGGUUUAAUUUUGCUCUUUGAAGAGUUUUAAUCAAUGGCUCCAGCUAAAGCUGAUGCUACCAAAAAGACUGAUCCUAAGGCACAAGCUGUGAAGGCUGCCAAGGCGGUGAAAUCAGGGCCAACAUUUAAGAAGAAAGCUACUAAGAUCAGGACAAAGGUCACGUUUCACCGUCCAAAGACAUUGAAGAAAGAGAGAAACCCAAAGUAUCCACGCAUCAGUGCACCACCGAGAAACAAGUUGGACCACUAUCAAAUUCUGAAGUAUCCACUGACUACCGAGUCUGCCAUGAAGAAGAUUGAGGACAACAACACGCUCGUAUUCAUUGUUGACAUUCGUGCAGACAAGAAGAAAAUCAAAGAUGCAGUUAAAAAGAUGUAUGACAUCCAGACCAAGAAAGUCAACACUUUGAUCAGGCCGGAUGGAACUAAGAAGGCAUAUGUUAGGUUGACGCCAGACUAUGAUGCCUUGGAUGUAGCGAACAAGAUUGGCAUCAUCUAAGUGUUGCUAACGUACUUUAUGAACAGUUUUGUUAGUAAUUCUGUGUUCUAGUGCCACAACAUUUUGUCUGUUUUCUUUAACACUUUGGGGAAACUAUAUUUUGUUUAUUUUAGUUAAAGUUUAAUUGUUAUGGUCAAUUUUUUUCGAUCUUUAUAAAGCGAUUUUGCUCA